CCCUGCAAUAGGGUAAAUCAUAGCGUUCUAGUAGUUUAGCUAAAAUCUGGCAACCCUAGAUACUCAUAGUAGAGGAUGAGACACUGAGUUAGUAGUAGUCGCCAGAUCACGACUAGCACAGGAUGGCUGGAAACGCGUGGAGGUCAACGGUGUCCCGUGUAAUAGGAGCCAUAAAGACUCAGAGCCCACAGCCCAAAACCUUCUCUAGAGGGAUUCAAACUGUGACGUUAAUUCCUGGAGAUGGAAUCGGUCCAGAGAUCUCCACUGCAGUGAUGAAGAUAUUUGAAGCAGCAAAGGCCCCUAUUCAGUGGGAAGAGAGAAACGUCACCGCCAUCCAAGGUCCCGGAGGCAGAUGGAUGAUCCCUCCUGAGGCAAAAGAGUCGAUGGACAAAAACAAAAUUGGUUUAAAAGGACCCCUGAAAACGCCGAUUGCUGCCGGACACCCGUCCAUGAACCUGCUGCUAAGGAAGACCUUUGACCUGUAUGCCAAUGUGCGUCCGUGUGUGUCCAUCGAGGGCUAUAAGACGCCUUACACCGAUGUGGAUCUGGUCACCAUCAGAGAAAACACAGAAGGAGAGUACAGUGGGAUUGAACAUGUGAUUGUGGAUGGAGUCGUACAGAGUAUUAAGCUGAUCACAGAGGAUGCCAGCAGACGCAUUGCUGAGUAUGCAUUUGAGUACGCCAGAAAUAACCAAAGGACCAGUGUCACGGCUGUUCACAAAGCCAACAUCAUGCGAAUGUCUGAUGGUCUGUUUCUGCGGAAGUGCAGAGAGGUUGCUGAGAAUUUCAAGGACGUGAAAUUCACAGAAAUGUAUCUGGAUACAGUCUGUCUCAAUAUGGUGCAAGAUCCCUCUCACUUUGAUGUGCUGGUAAUGCCUAAUCUAUAUGGCGACAUCUUGAGUGAUCUGUGUGCUGGAUUGAUUGGAGGCCUUGGAGUAACUCCUAGCGGGAACAUCGGAGCCAAUGGUGUUGCCAUAUUUGAAUCAGUACACGGAACUGCCCCUGAUAUCGCAGGCAAAGAUCUGGCAAACCCUACCGCCCUUUUGCUGAGUGCUGUCAUGAUGCUGCGUCACAUGGGACUACACAGUUACGCUAAAAAGAUUGAGACUGCCUGCUACGACACCAUACGGGACAAAAAGGUUCUGACCAAAGACCUUGGUGGAAAUUCGAAGUGCUCAGAGUUCACAGAUGACAUCUGCCGAAGAGUGCAGGACAUGGAAUGAGGCUUUUUUAAAGUCUAUGUUUGGAUAUCAUGCCUAAAGAACUGACAGUCAAAAAACAUGAAAUUAAUCUUCGUAUCAUUCUGAUAUCUGCGCACAAUUCUACUAAGUGUCUGCAUUUUUGUUUCUACAGAACCACAAAGCACUGUCUUAAAUUCUUGUUCUACGGUGACUGUAUUUGUGAGCUGUUUUAAUCUGUCAAAAAGGAACUACAUAAUAUAAGAUAAACCGUA